AUGAGCAGAGACAAUCGCAGUCCAGAGGUGCUUGCUGUCGCGAUCCUGUUCUUCGUCUUGACGUGGGUUGCGGUUUGCGUUCGCUUCUAUGUGCGCGCUGGAUUGACUAGGACUUGGGGAUAUGAUGAUUCGUACAUGGUUGCCGCACUGUGCACAUUCACCGUGUACCUGGUGUGUCAGAUUGUCGCGGCGGUGCAUGGGGCGGGCCGGCAUCAAGCGUAUUUGAGCCACAGCGAUACGAGGACGGCUCUGCUGUUUCUGUACCUGUGUGAACUCGGCUACGCCGUGACGAAUUGCCUUGUCAAGUUUGCUAUUGGGUCGUUGUAUCGUCGCGUCGCUGUUAAGCGGUGGCACAUCUGGUCCAUCUGGGUACUCAUGGUAACUACGUUUGUGUGCAGCCUGGUGCACUCGUUCCAAGUUAUGUUGCAGUGUGCUCCCAUAUCUGUGUUCUGGAAUCAACAGCCUGUUUCACCCAAGUGCAUGGAUAAAGGUCUGACUCUGGGCGUUAGGUAUACGCUUGCUUCUGCCAAUGCCAUGACGGAUUGGGCGUUGGGAUUACUCGCUGUGUGCAUGCUGUGGCAUGUAGAAAUGGAAAGGAGAACGAGGAUCUUCGUAGCAGGCAUCCUCGCAUUCGCAACAAUUGGGUGUGCGAGCACCAUUAUGCGAAUGUGCUACAUGCAUACAAUCGUGAACGGUAAUGACUUUCUUUACGCCACCACCGACAUCGGGAUCUGGAGCACAGUCGAGCCCGGUAUAGGCAUAAUCGCAGGCAGCAUCGCAACCUCGCAGCCGCUCAUCCGCAGACUAAUAUGUUGCCGUGAAUCCGUACAGGCGCUUCGGCAAGACAGUCUUCCCCAGUACCAUCUCACCAAGGCCACACACAGCCCCAGCAACAGCCACAGCUACCAGCCCAGUCUGGCUCUCUCAGAUCUGGGUCCUAUGGAAUUGAACUUCAUCACGUCACAUAUCCCAGGGCUGGGAUCUGUAGAUGCCGAGAGCAAGUUGGAGUCUUCGCGAGAUGUAGCUGAAGAUAUGGAGUUGCCGUGUACAAAGCAUGAGCCGAUGAUGCAGCAGGGACCGCCCAAGCUGGAGCUACGCAAGAGCUUCCGCAAUAGCUUCAACGGAGGCAGUCUGGCUAGUAGUUUUGCCAAGGUCUGUAUUCCACAAUGA